CAGUGCGCUGAAUUCCAUAGCUGAAUUGUUGCAGAAAAACUUUCUUGCUAAGAGUUUUUCAUGAGAUAACCAAAGCGAUGCGUGCGGUACCAACCUGGGUUGAUAAAGUACACGACAGAGAUAAAGUUGACCAAUGUAUCUGGGAUCUUUGUUUCAAACCUGAUGGAAGUCAGCUUAUUGUUGCUGCGGGAAACAGAGUAUUGGUCUAUGACACAAACGAUGGUACACUAAUUCAGCCAUUGAAAGGCCACAAAGACACUGUAUAUUGCGUUUGUUAUGCCAAGGAUGGCAAGAGAUUCGCCUCAGGGGCAGCGGACAAAAGUGUCAUCAUUUGGACGAGUAAAUUAGAAGGAAUUUUAAAGUAUACACACAAUGAUGCUAUACAGUGUUUAGCUUACAACCCUGUUACCCACCAAUUAGCUAGCUGUGCAGUCAGUGACUUUGCCAUUGUAGAAUAUGAGGCAAGAAAGAGUAAGGCUAAAGGGUUAUGGUCACCUGAACAGAAGAAUGUGUCCAAACACAAAGUCAACAGCAGAAUCACCUGUUGUAGCUGGACAAAUGAUGGACAGUACCUGGCUCUGGGACUGUAUAAUGGACUGGUCAGCAUUAGAAAUAAGGGUGGAGAAGAGAAAGUGAAAAUAGAGAGACCUAAUGCUGCCACCUCCCCAGUGUGGUCUUUACAAUGGAACCCAAGCAGAGACGAAUCCUAUGAUGUCCUAGCAGUGGCAGACUGGGGUCAAAGGUUAUGUUUCUAUCAGUUGUCUGGGAAACAGAUUGGAAAAGACAGAAAUCUUGGUUAUGACCCUAACUAUGUCCGCUGGUUUUCCCGUGGGGAGUAUGUGGUAGUGGGAGGCUCCAACAAACAGUGCUGUCUCCACACAAAGGAAGGGGUCAAACUGGGGGUCAUUGGAGACCAGUCUACAUGGACAUGGUCAGCAGCAAUCAAGCCAGACUCAAACUAUGUGGCUGUAGGUUGCCAGGAUGGGACUAUCGCCUAUUACCAGCUGAUUUUCAGUACUGUCCACGGUUUGUAUAAGGACAGAUAUGCCUACAGAGACAACAUGACUGAUGUCAUUAUCCAGCAUCUUAUCACAGACCAGAAAGUGAAAUGCCUGAGGCAGGAAAUGUUGAUAAAGAAUGGAUAUCAAGUCUUGCACAACUGUAGAUUUGUGCAGGAAAUGUAUUAUGAUAAAGACUCAGUUCUGUCAAAAGCCAAAAACAAAGUUGUGUCUGAGUUGGGAGUUUGUCAGUCCCCAAUAUAUAGAGGCCACAGAAGUCUAUCAGUGAGGAUCAAAUGCAGAGACUUGGUUAAGAAGAUAGCUAUUUAUAGACACAGACUAGCAGUACAGCUACCGGACAAGAUAGUUAUAUACAAAAAGCUGUACUCGGACGAUGUAAAAUUGAUAUGUUACAAAGUCAAGGAGAAGAUUAACAAGAAGUUUGAGUGUAAUCUCCUUGUGGUUUGUUUUCCCAAAAUAUCAUUCUUUGUCAGGAAAAAUCAGUGCUACUCAAGUUCCAAGGAAUCAUUACUUAUUGAUUUAAUAUUUUUGGCUUUCUUUCUACAGGAACCGAAUGCUAACAGUGUAGCCUGGAAUACACACUAUGAAGACAUGCUCUGUUUUUCUGGGAAUGGGUUACUCAACAUCAAGGCCAGCAAUUUCCCAGUUCAUGUUCAGAAGCUUCAAGGUUUUGUGGUGGGCUUCAGUGGAUCUAAGAUUUUCUGUCUCCACAUCUACUCCAUGUCCUCAGUGGAUGUUCCACAAUCAGCCUCCAUGUACCAGUACCUAGAAAAGAAACUCUUCAAGGAUGCCUACAAGGUAGCCUGUUUAGGGGUGACAGACGGGGACUGGGAAGUUCUGGCCCAUGAGGCUCUUGAGGGGUUGGACUUCGACACGGCCAAGAAAGCCUUCAUCAGAAUCAAGGAUCUCCGCUAUCUGGAGCUCAUCCACUCCAUAGAGGAGAGGAAAAAGAGAGGUGAAAAUGACAACAUGAUCUUCCUUGGAGAUGUGUACAGUUACCAAGGGAAAUUCAACGAGGCCGCCAAACUGUACAAAAAAGCCGGAGGAGAACAGAAGGCCAUGAAUAUGUAUACAGACCUCAGGAUGUUUGACCAAGCCAAGGAAUACAUUGGCUCUGGAGACCCUCUGGAUAAGAAGAUGCUAAUUACUAAGCAGGCUGACUGGGCCAAGAGCAGUAAUGAGCCAAAGGCUGCUGCUGAAAUGUACAUUUCAGCUGGGGAGUACUGUAAGGCUAUUGACAUUGUAGGGGAACACGGAUGGGCUGACAUGAUGAUAGACCUGGCCCGUAAGCUAGACAAGGCUGACCGUGAAGCUCUGAGUCGAGCCGCCAUGCACUUGACCAAAAUGGAGCAGUACCCCUUCGCUGCUGAAGUGUACAGUAAAAUGGGAGAUAUUAAAGCCCUCAUAAACCUUCAUGUAGAGGCCAAACACUGGGAAGAUGCCUUCGCUCUGGCUGAAAAACACCCUGAGUACAAGGAGGAGGUUUAUGUACCGUACGCUCAAUGGCUCGCCGAGAACGACAAGUUUGAUGAUGCUCAAGAGGCAUUCCAUAAGGCUGGUCUGCAGGGGGAGGCAGUCAAGGUCCUGGAACAGCUAACACACAAUGCUGUUAUUGAGAGUCGCUUCAAUGAUGCCGGGUAAUAUUUCUGGAAAAUCUCCAUGCAGUGUCUGGAUAUAGCAAGAGAGAACAGUGAGGAUUCAGAGAAACGAGAAGAAAUGUUUGCCAAGUUCCAAGACUAUCAGAGGAAGGCUGACAUGUAUUACGCCUACCAUUCCAUUCAAAGAUAUACAGAUGAGCCUUUCACAUCACAUCUACCAGAAGCCCUGUUUAACAUUUCUCGAUAUCUGCUUCAUAUGAUCCAGAGUGGAAUACCACACGGAAUCUCUAAAGUAGGGACACUAUAUGCAUUAGCCAAGCAGAGUAAGAACCUGGGAGCCUUUAAGUUGGCUCGUUACGCCUAUGAGAAGUUACAGACACUGAGGAUACCCAGUAGAUUCCAGGAGGCUGUAGAUCUAGGUAGUGUGAUGAUCCGAUCCAAGGCAUUCCAAGACUCCGAGGAGCUCCUUCCCAUGUGUUACCGCUGUUCCACCACAAACCCUCUUCUGAACAAUGGAGGAAACUGCUGUGUCAACUGUAGACAACCAUUUGUCCACUCUUUUGUCUCAUUUGAGGUGCUGCCGCUGGUGGAGUUUGUGUUAGACAGCAGUCUGACGGACGAGGAGGCUGUACAGAUCCUGGACCUGUCUAUACCCAAACAGAAGAAAGAGGAUCGAGGCUGGAAGGAGGGGCGCAUCGGACAUGCCCAGACUCUGAGUUUAGGUCAAGCUCAGGAUGAUGAACCUGAGGAUGAGGACCCAUUCUCAGCCAAACUCAUGACCUUUGAUCAAGAAGAAACAGAAUUCCGUCCCGUGGUUGUAACAAAAUCUGUUCUACAAACUUUAUCUAGAUCAGAGGUUUACAUUCUUAAGUGGCCUAAACCACUGAGAUACCAGUUCUUCAGAUCCCUACUGCCUGAUGUCACUAUAACUCAGUGUCCUAAGUGUAAUAAGUUGUUCCACACUGAUGACUUUGAACUCCAGUAUCUUCAGAAAGGUCACUGCCCAUUCUGUAGGAGCACCUUAGAGGACUGAAAAAUUAAGGAGCAAAAAAGGAAUUAGAACCCAUUUUACAAUGAGGAAGAAAAGCUAGUGAUCACGAAUCAUGAUCUAAACCAAGAAAGAAAACUCGGAUACAAAGUCCUAGUGAAAGUCCUGCCUAAAAUAUAGUGUAUGCAUCUCUCAGAAUCUCUUGUUCAACUUCAGUGGGGGGAAGUCCUUCAUAUUUCCUCUCGGCAAAUCCUCUGAUGCUGUUUUGUUAAUGUCUUUAUUUUGGGUAAAUCCAUCUUUAAACUGAUAUUUGUAUUUAAGUGUGAUGAAAGGAUUUUGUAAUUUAUAUUUUUGUAAGUUCACUGUUGAAAAGAAGAACAUUCUCAGUAAUUUAUUUACACUGUAAGAUUAAUGUUGUAUAAUGAUGAUA